UAUUUCUGUGACACAGAGGACAGACAACUGAAAGACAUGAGUGUGCAAAAUGUCAGCCUGGAACUAUCUGAAAACCUGGAGAGACACAGGACAGUGGGCUUCAGCAGUUCCAAAGCCCUGGUGGUGCGGAGAGGAGAUCCGUUCAGGAUCAGCUUGCAGAUGGCGGGACAACCCUUCAACCCCAGGACUGACUCGCUGAGGAUCAAAGUCAUGCUUGGUCAGCUUUCCGCGAUGAUGCCAGUCACUUUCUCGAGGACGGCUUCUUCCUCAAGCUGGCACGCAUAUAUGGACCCAAAGGGUUUAAACCCUCUGAAACCCUCCAUCUUUAUUUGCCCUCCUGCCUAUGCCUCUGUGGGCUCUUACAGGUUUCAGCUGUAUCUGCUCACGCAGGGUGUCCAGAGCGGUCAAGCAUUUGGAAAAUUCAUCCUGCUCUUCAACCCCUGGUGCCCUGAGGAUGCAGUAUAUGUUCCAUUUGAGGAUCAGAGAGAAGAAUACGUCCAGAGCGACUCUGGGUUGCUGUUUAUGGGGACAGCUAAGAACCUGGUACCAAGACCGUGGUCCUUUGAUCAGUAUGAGCCUGGUGUCCUGGAAGCAUGUCUGAAUAUGCUACAAGUCAGCCCUUACCACCAAAGAAACAGAAAAAUUGACUACUUCAAACGAAAUAGCCCAGUCUACAUCGGCAGGGUGGUUUCUGCCAUGAUUAACUGUGAGGACGAUCGUGGCGUGCUGAAAGGGAACUGGUCAGGUGAAUUCAAACAAGGUGUCCAUCCCUCCAGCUGGACAGGGAGCGGUGACAUCCUGAAACAGUGGGUCCAGUCUGGUUACAACCCGGUCAAAUAUGGGCAGUGCUGGGUGUUUGCAGCUGUCAUGUGCACAGUUAUGCGAGUUCUUGGCAUCCCUUGCCGUGUUGUCACAAACUUCAACUCAGCUCAUGACACCAAUGCCAACCUGGUGAUUGAGGAGUAUUACAGCGAGACGGGGAAGAAGCUGAACUUCACCAAAGACAGCAUAUGGAACUUUCACGUGUGGGUUGAAUGCUGGAUGACUCGCAGAGAUCUGGGACCUGAGAUGGAUGGAUGGCAGGUCCUCGACCCGACCCCUCAAGAGCGGAGUGGAGGAGUGUACUGCUGUGGCCCUGCUCCUGUCAAAGCCAUUAAGAGUCAGCGCAUUGACUUGCUUUAUGACGUCCCGUUUGUCUACGCUGCGGUCAACGCCGACGUACACACGGUCAUCGUGGAACAGGGUCAGAUCCUCGCCAUCAGCAAAGACACGGAGAAGGUUGGAGCCCUCAUCUGCACGAAAACCAUCGGGUUCCCAAGAUUGCACAACAUCACGGCAGACUACAAACUCGUCAAAAGCCCAACUUCAUCACUCUCAUCAAUGAGCUCCAGCGUUUCAGAUGUCUCAACCUUAAGCAGAGGAGUUUCAUCCAAGGGAGUCAAGAUCCUCCUGAUGCUAGACAAAGCCCCAGUCUCUGGGGAGCCAAUCCUCUUUACAGUGAAAGUUAGGAACAAUCAGAAUGUAACGAAGACGAUGAGAGUACAUUUCAAUGCUCAGGUGAAAGAAUACAACCACAGCCCCUCUGACACCUUUUGGGAAAACCAUGGCAUCUUACAGCUAGCACCCAUGGAAGUUAAGCUGCUGCGGCAACAGAUCCUCCCUGACCAAUAUGAGGAAGUGGUGGGUGAUGACCUGAUCAAUCUGGCAGUUGUCCUGGAGGAUAUGGCCAGUCAUGAGCGGGUCCUUGCCUCAGAUGAGUUCAACAUUGCCAGCCCGCAGCUCACCAUACAGGUUGCAGAUGAAGACUUUAUUGUGCCCCAGAAAGAGCACACUGCCAUAUUGGCCUUCGUCAACCCCUUCACUCAUCCAGUUAGUGGAAUACUGACGGUAUCAGGGGCUGGGCUGAUACACAGAAAGAUUGAAUUCAGGAUGCCUCCCCUGCGUCCGGGAGGGAGAGUGGAGCAGCCCAUUCCAUUCGUCCCCACAAUGGUGGGAGUGAAGAUGCUGCAAGCAACUCUCUCACUUGCAAAAAUCAACACCACAAUAAGAGGAUUUAAGAUGCUCUCUGUCAAAAGUAUUUAGCUAAUGCCUCAUAUGUCCAUGAAUGAUACAAGCAAAAUGUGAAUGUUAUUUAUUUUGUUUAUUAUUAUUUAUCGUCCAUAUUUAUAUGUUUGAGCCAUGAACGUAUUUUUGCUAUUACCACCCUAAAACUUGAAAUUGACUUAGAUGAAUGUUUUUUAAGUGG